UCCAGUCCCCAGCCCUCCCUUCCCACGCCCCAGUGCGCUGUGGGAUAGUGGCACUAUAAAGUAUAUCCUCUCUCGGAGAAAGAUAAGAAGCCCGAGACAGGAGGGGGAUGAAGAUGGCGGACGCCAAGCAGAAGAGGAAUGAGCAGUUAAAGCGAUGGCUGGGCUCGGAAACGGACCAGGAGCCUCCUGUUCUGAAAAAGAAGAAGACGAAGGUGAAGUUCGAUGAUGGCGCCGUGUUUCUGGCCGCUUGCUCAAGCGGCGAUACCGAGGAGGUGCUCCGAAUGCUUGACCGGGGCGCUGACAUCAACUACGCCAAUGUAGACGGUCUCACCGCCCUCCACCAGGCAUGUAUAGAUGACAAUGUUGACAUGGUGACUUUCCUGGUGGAGCAUGGAGCCAGCAUCAACCAGCCUGACAAUGAGGGCUGGAUCCCCCUCCAUGCUGCAGCCUCCUGUGGAUACCUAGACAUAGCAGAGUAUCUCAUCAGCCAGGGUGCCAGUGUAGGAGUUGUGAACAGUGAGGGUGAGACACCUCUGGACAUUGCUGAAGAGGAGGCAAUGGAGGAGCUCCUGCAGAAUGAGAUCAACAGACAAGGGGUGGACAUCGAGGCAGCCCGGAAGGAGGAGGAGCGGGUCAUGCUGAGGGACGCCCGGCAGUGGCUCAACAGCGGCCAGAUCCAAGACAGCCGGCACACAAAGUCUGGCGGAACGGCACUCCAUGUAGCUGCUGCGAAAGGAUACGUCGAGGUUUUAAAGCUUUUAAUCCAAACAGGGUAUGAUGUAAAUAUUAAAGACUAUGAUGGCUGGACUCCUCUACACGCGGCCGCACACUGGGGCAAAGAGGAGGCAUGUAGGAUACUGGUGGAGAAUCAAUGUGAUAUGGACCUCAUUAAUAAAAUGGGCCAGACAGCUCUUGAUGUAGCAGACGAAGAUGUUCUGGGAUACUUAGAAGAACUACAAAAGAAACAAAAUCUGCUGAUAGGUGACAAGAAAUCUCCUUUGAUUGUAACCACAACAACCACUGGGGAUAACAACCAACCACUGAAACCAAUCAAGAACAAAGAAACGCUGCUUCUGGAGCCAGAAAAGAGCGCCCCGUGCAUUGAGACCAUAGAACCAGAGAAGGUGGAUGAAGUAGAGGAGGGCAAGAAGGACGAAUCGAGCUGCUCCAGUGAGGAAGAGGACGACGAAGAUUCAGAGUCGGAGACUGAAGCAGACAAGAGCAAGCCUUCAGCAUCGGUGAGCAACAGCACAACGCCAGCCCCAACCAGCAUCGCCGUGUCACCUCCAAGUAGCCCAACCAACCAGGUGACAACCCCUACUUCACCGGUUAAGAAGGCCAUUCAGCCUGCUGGAAAGGUCUCAACUAAAGUGGAGGAGGAUAGGAAGGACGACGAUAGGAAGGACGAGUCUCCAGCGUCGUGGCGGCUGGGUUUGAGGAAGACGGGCAGUUACGGGGCGCUAGCGGAGAUCACAGCCACCAAGGAAGCUCAGAGGGAGAAGGACACGACUGGGGUGAUGCGCUCAGCCUCGAGCCCUCGCCUCUCCUCUUCUCUAGACAACAAAGACAAAGAGAAGGAAAAGGAUAAAGGAACUCGGCUUGCCUACGUGGCCCCCACCAUCCCCAGGAGACUUCCCAGCACUUCAGACAUUGACGAGAAGGAAAACAGGGACUCUACUGCUCUGAUACGUAGUGGCUCAUACACCCGGCGACGCUGGGAUGACGACCUGAAGAACAGCGAAGGAAGCGCCUCCACCAACCGACCCCCCAGCUACCAGCGCAGCACGUCCCACACGCUAGCACUAGGGCGGAGCAGCAGCACGCGGGACGUGCCAGCCAAGUCUUCGUCCACUUCCAGCUUGGACCCUAACACCUGUAAUACUAAACCCUGGCAGCCACCCACCUCCCACUACCAGUCUUACAGCAUUUACCGCAGCGGCUCUUUUGGCCGAAGACACGAGGACUUGAGUUCCUCGAGCACCUCCCCCCCCACGACCACCACCACCUCCUCAUCUGUUACCUCGCCCACAGGCCAUCGCGGCCUGCUCUCCAGCCUGGGCUCCUCCUCCACCCGCAGUCUAACCAGCAGGUACUGGUCAGAGGAGAGUGCAGAGAGGGAAAAGGAGAAGGAGAAGGAGUCUGCUUCGGUCAUCCCCACUAUGAACACUGGCUCUACUACGACCACCACAUCGACCACUACCACCACCGCCAUAUCUACAACUACCACCACUGGCAUUGGCACUGGCUCUGAAAGACGCAGGUCAUACCUGACGCCAGUGCGAGACGAGGAGUCAGAGUCCCAGAGGAAAGCUCGCUCCAGACAGGCUCGGCAGUCAAGAAGGUCCACCCAGGGUGUGACUCUAACUGACCUGCAAGAGGCUGAAAAGACAAUCGGCCGGAGUCGUCCCCCAAAGACCCGAGAGGAGGAGAAGGAGGAGAAGGAGAAGCAGGACAAGGAAAAGCAGCAGGAGGAGAAGAAGGAGAUGGAGACCAAGGAAGACGAUUACCGAUCGAAGUACCGCAGCUUCGAAGAGCGCUACCGGCCCUCGUCUUCCUCCUCUACCUCCGCCAUUUCCACAGUCAGCACCGGCUCCAUCCCGUACUCGAGCACCGCAUUGUCCUCCAGUUCCAGCUCCCUCAACAGGCCUAACAGUCUGACGGGGAUCACCUCCUCCUACAGCCGCUCCUCCAGAGACACGGAAAAAGAAAUGGACAAAAAGGAGGAGGAGAAGGAAGGGGAGGACAAGUCUCAGCCCCGCUCCAUACGGGAUCGCAGGCGGCCCCGCGAGAAGAGACGCUCCACUGGAGUCUCCUUCUGGACCCAGGAUGGUGAUGAAAAUGACCCUGACCAGCAGUCCGACUCAGAGGAGGGCAGCACCAAGGGAGAGCCACAGAGUGACAGAUUGUCCAGGAAUGAGAGCAGCUCUUCAUCCAUAGAUCGCAAUGACACUCUUUUUAGCUGUGGCGAGAGUCGGAAGACCUACCCGAGCCGACUGGAUAGGGACGACACCACUGACUAUAAGAAGCUUUACGAGCAGAUCUUAGCUGAGAACGAGAAGUUGAAGGCCCAGUUACGUGACACGGACCUGGAGCUGGCAGACUUGAAGCUACAACUAGAGAAGGCCACACAGAGGCAGGAACGCUAUGCCGACCGAUCACAGCUUGAGAUGGAGAAAAGGGAAAGAAGAGCUCUAGAAAGGAAGAUUUCUGAGAUGGAGGAGGAACUUAAGAUGCUCCCAGACUUGAAAGCAGACAACCAGAGACUAAAGGACGAGAACGGAGCACUCAUUCGAGUCAUUAGCAAGCUUUCCAAGUAGAACAGCCCACCCCACCCCUCCCCCCCCCGCCACCCCAUCUUCUGCACCCCGUAGUCCCCCAUGGCAGUGACUAAUGGAAUUGCACAUUUAGAUAUUAAUUGCAACAGACAUCAGAGACAAGACUCCUUUUUUUUUUUUUUUUUUUUAUCUCCUCCCAGCUCUUUAUCUCCCCCUUUUUGCUCCUCCACCACCACUGCAGCAUCCAUCCAUCCAUCCAUCUAUCUACCCCCCUGCGCCACCUCUACGACUAUUAUCCCCUUGAUUGUGUGGUUGCUGUCCUGAUAGAACCACUUGAGUUUACAGAGCAAACGGAAGAAAGGGUUGUGUGAUGAGCAUGUUAAAGCAUUGUGGGCGGGGAAAGCCUGAAAACUAUUUAACCAAUAAGCCUUAGUUGUACAUAAAGAGAAAAAGAAAAAACACUUGCAGCGAUCUCUUUCUCUCUCUCUCUCUCUCUCUCUCUCUCUCUCUCUCUCUCUCUCUCAGCUAUCCCUGAAGAACAGAUAUUAUCCAACACCUGAUUUUAUUUGUGCCACAAUCUCUCUGAUGUAUUUUUCUUUCCUUUUUUCUUUUCCUCUCCCUGUGUUAGUGUUGUGUGCUGUGCAGUUUCCUCUCUCCCUUUUUUUUUCUUUUCUUUUUUUAACCCCUCAAAGUGCCACUUCUGCUCUAUAUCAGCUCCUCGUGGCCCCUAAUUUCUCCACACAGAUCUCCUCCAAUGCACACACACACUCGCCGCUCUUCCCCCAUUUUUGUUACCUCUGUGUGUCUUCCUCCAAGAGGGAAACUUUUGAAUUCUCGCUUUAGCGAAAAGAGGCAGACCUGGUGGAAUUUAAGCUUUCACUGUAUGUGCAAUAUGCAUUUCUUUUUCUUUUUUCUUUUUUUAAUGCUUUAAUGACGAGUCCAUCACAAGUAGGAUUUUUCACUCUUCCACCACUUCCAUCGCUCACCUUCCUCCUCUUUUUUUUGUUUUUGUUUUAAGUUUGUAGUGUAGUCAGUUUAUACUAUUUCUCACUUUGUUUUAGCAGGUACUGAGUGAUGCUGUAUAUACCUGUAUGUAUUUGUUUGAGACCAGCACAUGGCAUGCAUUUAUGGUUCCCGUCUGUUACUAUUAAAAGUAUACAAAUUCCAGAGGACAAAAAGGUGUGUUUUAAUUAUUUUUUUUCUUUUUAUA